AUGACAGCAGCAACAGCAGCAGCAACAGCAGCAGCAGGGGAUGAAGCAGCGCAUCAAAGAUCUACUGAGCAGAAACAAAACACGAAGCAGCAAGUAGGGCAGCAGCGGCAGCAGCAGCAGCAGCAACAGCAGCAAACCUUUGAGUGGCGACUGGCAGGCGUGCCUCAAAAGCCUUUGGAUCUGCUGCAGUACAGACUGGCCCCGGCUGCAGCUGCUGCUGCUCCAGCUGCUGCUGCUGCAGAGGAAGUAGCUGCAGCAGCAGCAGUGCCCGAUGAAACGCAGCAACCAGCAACAUCAGCAGCAGCUGCUGGAGAUGGUUCGAGACAAGCAGCAGCAAAGGAAGCAGCAACAACUGCAGCAGAACCAACAACAACAUCAGCAGCAGGAGCAGCAACAGCAACGGCAACUGCAGCAGCAGCAGCAGCAGCAGGAAACAUUUGGAGAUUAGUCAUAAGGAAGCAAGAGCCGCAGCUUUGGGGAGGAGAGUUAUUCACCCAGUGCAGCUUUGAGGCGGAGCAGCAGCAGCAGCAGCAGCAGGAACUGCAGCAGCAGCAGGGGGCAGCAGAUGCAGCAGACGCAGCAGCAGGGUCUGCUGCUGCGCAUGGCAGUGCAGCAGCAGCAGCUGCAGCAGCAGCAGCAGCAACAACGGAAGCUGCGGAAACAGCUACAGCAGCAGGUGCCACACAAGCACCCCCAAAGGCAGCAGCAGCAACAGCAGCAGAAUCAGCAGGUCAACUGCCCCUGGGCCCUUUGCUGCUGCUUCAAAACACCUUGUGGCGGCAAAUUGUUUAG